AUGGGCUAUGAAAAACAUGAUCAGGGUUGGUUCUUGAAAAGAGGUAGACCUCAAAGAGCACCAGCAGUUGUACCUCCUCCUCCUCCUCUAGCUCAAGACCAAGGACCUCAUGUUGAUACGCCUUCUUGGUUCAUUCCCUUUCAUCAUAAAUUCUCCACCUUCAGCAAAGACAUGAGACUAGGACUUCAACCCCUUCAAGAGGAUGUAUCUUCACUUCACACUACGUAUUCCUCACUUGAUCAGCGCCUCACUAGUAUUGAGAAGUAUCAAGCUAGCUUAUCCCGUGGUGUUGAUCUUAUGGACACUAGUUCUGCUCCUCAGAGUGAUGAUGAAGAAUUAGAGGAAGGCAGUGAGGACGGUGAUGAAGAGAAAGGUGAUGAAGAGGAAGGAGAUGAAGAAGAAGCUGAAAAGGAAGAUGAUGAUGCUGAUAACUGA